UCAUUCAGAUGGUGAUUCAGCAUUUUAUUCAAGUCUUAAGCAGGACUUAGAGCCAAACGAGAUCCGAUAUCGCCUUCAUCUCAGGAGGGUUGAACCUGCGGACACAGAGGGCCUUCUAUCCCAGAGAGCCCUGGAGGACAGUCUAGCUCAGCUCCUACUUCAUCCCCAGCUCCUACUAUGUACUCUGCAGGCUUGGAGGUCCUCGGGAUGAUCCUGGCUGUGGCCGGGUGGCUGGGGGUGAUGGUGACCUGCGGCCUGCCCAUGUGGCGUGUGGCUGCCUACAUCGGGCAGAACAUCGUCAUCUCUCAGGUGAUCUGGGAGGGUUUGUGGAUGAACUGUUCGGUGCAGAGCACGGGUCAGAUGCACUGCAAGGUGCAUGACUCCAUGCUGGGGCUUCCUGUUGACCUGCAGGCGGCUCGUGCUUUGGUCAUCGUCUCCAUGGUGCUUAGCAUUGUGGGCAUUUGUCUGUCGGUGGCAGGUGCCAAGUGCACCAACUGCAGCCGGGAUGUGAGCAGUAAACCUCGGCUGGUGGUGGCUGCAGGAGUAAUCUUUGUGGUGUCUGGACUGCUCUUGCUGGUGGCUGUGUCCUGGACUGCUCAUGCCAUCGUUCUGGGCUUUUACGACCCGAUGCUGGAGGAGACGGGGAAGAGGGAGUUUGGUAAUGCUCUGUACUUUGGGUGGGCUGCCUCCUGCCUGCUCAUCCUCGGGGGAGCCCUGCUCUGUUGCUCCUGCCCGACCAAAACAGCCACAGCAGCGCCUGGUGAUGGCUCCAUGCCUCCGUGGACAGACUACACCCGGGUCAAAACAAUGUCUGCCAACGGAUACACCAGAAGAGACUAUGUAUGAGCAAGAGAAAUGUGGUGCAGAUGAAGACCAGAUUAAGAGGAUUUGUGCUCAUGAUGAAUAUUUGACAUGGACAUUACUACAGCAGUUUGAGCUUGGACAUUCAGCAUGAUUCAGAGAUGCAUGUCUUCAUUGAUGGGACUUCUGUGAUUUUGUGUAUACUUUACAUAUUCUAUUUUGAAUAUUAAUACAUUUUAUUUGUAGUUUUAUGCAUUUUCUAAGACAUAUAAAGAUGUUUGAUCUCAGAACAACCUCACAAUGAC